AUGCAUAGAAAACGAUUAUAAGCCUUAAUGUCUAAUUUAAUGAAGUAGAGGUUAUAAAACGGAAAAUUUGUAUUUUAACGUAAAUGAAUAUGUAAAAUUUUCCAAUAUUCCAAAUACAAGAUGUUUCCGAAUCAAAAAUUAUAAAUAGUGCAACUGUUUCCCAAAAAUUCGAUUUUCAAUACUCACGUAUAAUUUUUACCAAGCCAAUGUCUACCAAUAACAGUACAAAAGCCAGGAAGAACUCAAAAGAUGGUGAUAAAAAGAAGUUUCUGCCACAACCGAGUACCAGUGACAGUAAUAAUAUAAAUGACAAAGGACCUCUAAUCGAAAAUGAUUGUAAAAUGUAUACAGGAAUCGGUCCAGAUAUUAUUCGAAACUGUGCGGAGCAGUCAAUGUUUGAAUCUCAUCUAACAGAAGAUGUUUGUAACACUCUUAGUGAAGAUAUUAAUUAUAAAUUACGUUAUAUCAUUAAUGAUGCACUUUUAAAAGCAAGAUUAUGCGGAAGAGAUGUCAUAUCAUCGAGAGAUAUUGAAGAAACUUUCAGUAAUUUAUCUAUUGAAAAAGUAUAUGGGGCAAAAAUAGAUCCCAACUGGGUUCCAUUUAGUGAUUUACCAAGUACUAGUAGUAGUGAUCAAACUUUAUUUUAUUUAGAUGAUAGUCUGAUAAACCUCAUAGAAUUAGCUGAAGAUGAAAGCACAUAUGUUCAAUAUGGGGAUGUAGAAUUGAUUAAGCAAUGGUACCCUGAUCCAAAUUUAACGAAUACUAGUCCUGCUCUUAAAGAAUAUUUUAGAGUCGCAUGUGAAUCUAUUAUGGGUAUAGAUCAUGAGUUGUGUCAAAUUGUAUUGAAAGAUAUAAGUGAAAAUCCUGAUGUUGGACCUAUAUUACAAUGGUUCUACAACUUUGCUUAUUUAAUACUUCUAAAAAAUAUUCGAUACGAUUCUCUUACAUUAAGAGAUGGCUAUUUUUUACUUGUAAAAGAUGUUUCAUAUGAUUACUUAACAUUAAGAUCUUUAGAGUUGAUAGAAACUUUAGAGAACAGCCCUUUGGGUAGUGCUAAUGUUUCUACAAAAUCCCUCCAACUUUUGAUAAAAUUAUUAUUAGAAAAAUUGUUAUUAGAGUCAUUUUCCUCGACAGAUUUGUUGAGUAGAAUGUGUUUUACAUUAAGUAUAAUGUGUCUACGUGUACCUCUAAAGCAACUUGUAAUUGAUAAGAUUAACUGGAAAUUAGAAUCAUUGAAUGAAGGAACAAUCUUUCCUAUUUUGACCAUUGUUUAUUAUUUGGGAAUUGAUGGGAUAAUAGGAAUUUUUUUACCGCGUAUUACAUUUUUCCUUGAUAGGCUUUUGAAUGAGAGUAACAGUGAAAUGGUUUAUAUUGCGCAGGCAAUCUAUGGUUUAAUUUGUAAGGCAGCAUUGGAAGAUACUUACAUAUAUAAUUGGUUUAAUGUUAUAAUUCCUAAUGAGUUAGUUCUUUAUUGGAGGCCCAAAUAUUAUCAAGUUGAAGAAACAGACAAAAUAGAAAUGAAUUUCAUCAAAAUAAAAUCAAAAUUAAUAAAAACCAGACGAAAAAUUGAAUUUAAAGAAAGUAAAAGAGUCAAAUGUGUAUUUGAACAAACAUUCGAUUUACCUUCUUAUGAUUGUCACAUCAGUAGAAAAAUACAGGAAUCCAGAAUGGGAAGACAAAUGUUUAAUAGAAAAGAAUCAAACGUCACUGUUGGAAAAACAAGUUUAAUAUUGUCAAUAUUGAAUGGAAAUAAUAACAAUAAAGCAAUAUCAAAAUGUUGUGAUCACUCUUUGUUAUCUUAUAAUAUAUAAGGACUUAAUAAAUUAUUUAUAUAA